AUGUUCGUUAGACGAGUACCAGUGCGUCUUGGUACGGCCGUUAUUCGGCGACUUUCAAGCCUGCGCUCGACGCCCGCGGGGUAUUCCCAGUCGGUGCCCCAAAAGGACGACCAGAUCGUGAUAUCCAUGUCUUCUGGCGUGGACUCGUCUGUCGCAGCUCUGAUGUAUGCCCGGCAGUACAAGAACGUGCGCGGCGUGUUCAUGGCCAACUGGUCCCCGGACACGCGGGGCGGCGUUUCCAAGUGCACCGUUGAGAGCGACUGGGAGGAAGUGCAAACGAUCUGCACCCAGAUCGGGAUUCCCUGUGAGCGAGUGAAUUUUGAAAAAGAGUACUGGUCCGAUGUGUUUGAGCCCAUGUUGGAGAUGUACCGUCGCGGCCUGACGCCCAAUCCGGACGUGGGGUGCAACAAAUACGUCAAGUUCGGCAAGAUGGUGGAACAUCUCACGAAAAAGAUGUCUCAGGACAACUGGUGGCUGGUGACGGGCCAUUAUGCGCGGAUCCUGACCCACGACCUCACGGGCGAGUCGCACCUGUUGCGGGCGUCGUACUUGCCGAAAGACCAGUCGUACUACCUGAGCCAGAUCCCUGAGCACGUCAUGUCCAAGGUGUUGAUGCCGAUGGGCCAUUACACGAAGCCAGAGGUCCGUCGCAUUGCUCAGGAGGCCGGACUGGCUUCCAAGGACAAGCGCGACUCGCAAGGGCUGUGUUUUGUGUCGCAGAACGGGCGGUUCAAGGACUUUCUGGACGAGUUCCUGGAACCCAACCCUGGCGAAAUCGUGACUCAAGAUGGCCGUGUUUGGGGCAAGCACAACGGGCUCUGGCACGGCACCAUUGGCCAGCGCAGCGGAAUCUCUAUGCCCCAGGGAGACCCGGCCAUGAAGGGCGUGUGGUGUAUCUCGGGAAAGAACUACGAGAAGAACCAGCUGAUCAUCUCGAAGAAAAGCGACCGUUCAGCGUUUUUGAAAGACCGUAUCACCGUUGCCGACUGGCACUGGGUCAAUGCGUCGUUCGACCUGGACUCACUUGACACAGCCAGUCUCACUGUCCAGGUACGGUCUCUAGAAACCCCGCACGCGCUAAAGUCCGUUUCUUUCCCCGAGUUUGCGCUCGAAAACAAGCUCUCCGACGUGGCUCCGGGCCAAAACCUCGUGCUUUACCACGGCGACCGCGUCCUGGGCACCGGCAUCAUUGUCGCCACCGCCUGA